AUGGGCGGCGUGGUGACAUGGCUGGCGAGGGAGUCGACAAUGGCUUCCCAAGGCCCAGAAUCUAUGAGAGUAACAGUUCCAGACCUGUCUGGCGCCUGGGAAAGCCUCAGGAAGGAGCAGCUGCUCGAGAUGCUCAACCAUGCCAGAAAGUACUUCGGCAUACCCCAGAGCCCUCGUCGGACUGUAACGCGCCGCAUACACACGAAGGUUGUCUUCAUUUCCAAACACGCGCUCGAAGUCACGGUCGAAGAGGCCCUGCUUAACAGCCUGUAG